CAACUAUACAUACAAGUUACAAACACAAAAAACACUCGCACACUUUCUUUCAACUCUCUUCACUUUACUCUCCCUCUAAAUUUAAACCCCCGGCGCUCCAUGGCUGGCGGUGGAGGCGACGCGCCACCACCACCAAUGAACGGUGGCGAAUUCCUUCUUCAGCUACUUAAAAACCCACCACAACACCCCCGUCCCCAACCACCACCACCACCACAACAACAACAACCGCCGCAACAACUCCCUCACGUUCCCGCCGUCGGACCCUCCAUGCCAUCAUUCUCCGAUCAUCGUAAUCUUCUUUUCCCACCUCAUAAUUACUUCAAUCAAAAUUUAGGGCAUGGGUUUGGGUUUCCUCAAAACCCUAACCCUACUUUUAAUAUAAAUCCCAAUUUUAUCAAUCCAAACCCUAAUUGGCAAAUGGGUUUUGCUCAAAAUCAGCAGCAGCAGCAAGAUGUAACAAAAAGCAGCAAUCUUGUGUUUGGUAGUUUAACUUCUGAAUUUCAAGAUUCGAAAGUGUCAAAAAAUGGUAACUUUGGUUAUGAUCUAGCUAAUAUUGAGAAGCAGUUAUUGAGCAGUAGAGUUAAUAAUGGCCCAGAAGUUAAUAAUAUGCAAAAUGUGCAAGUUAGUUCAUUGGCUUUUGGUAAUUAUGUGGGAUCAAGUGAACCUCAAGUAGUAAGGCGAUCGCCACAACCGCCACCCGGGUUCUCAAGCAGUAGUUCGAGGGGUGUUGGUUUGGAUAAGAGGAAAGUUAACAAUAGUGGGGUUGUGAAUCAAUUUGAUAACCCGGGUCCGUCUAGGGGAAGUCGUCUUCAUUCGGUUCCUGCUGCUGAUGUUGAAGAGUCUAUGAUGGCAUUACAUGCUAUGGAUGAUAAAAAGUUGAAGAAUGGUGGGGUUGAUUUGACUGAUAUGGAUGAUUUAGAGGAACAAGUUGAUAACUUGUUGCUUGAAGAAGGUACAGAUGAGAAGAAUGGUGUAAAGAAGGGUCCAAAAUCUCGAGAUAAGGAUUACAGAUCAGAUAAAAGGGGAGAAUGGAUACUUAACCAGAGAGCAAGGAACUAUAGAAGUCGUAUGCAAUGUCGGGGGGAUAUAAAUAGACUAAACGCUCAUUUCCUUGCAAUUUAUGAGUCUUUGAUACCACCAGAGGAAGAGAAACAGAAGCAGAAGCAACUUAUGGCCCUAUUGGACAAACAUGUUACCAAAGAAUGGCCCGGAGCUCGGUUGUUUCUUUAUGGAUCAUGUGCUAACUCAUUUGGGUUUCGUAAAAGUGACAUUGAUGUUUGCCUUGCAAUGGGGGAUGGUGAUAUCGAUAAAUCAGAGAUCUUGUUAAAGCUGGCUGACAUAUUGAAAUCAGAUAACCUUGAGAACGUUCAGGCGUUGACCCGUGCCAGGGUUCCCAUAGUGAAGCUUAUGGAUCCGGUCACUGGAAUCUCUUGUGAUAUAUGUGUAAACAACCUACUUGCUGUUAUAAAUACAAAGCUUCUUCGUGAUUACUCGAAGAUAGAUGUUAGAUUGCGACAGUUGGCCUUUAUUGUCAAGCACUGGGCAAAAUCACGAGGGGUUAAUGAAACUUAUCAAGGGACCUUAUCUAGUUAUGCAUAUGUUUUGAUGUGCAUUCAUUUCUUGCAGCAGCGUAAGCCUUCGAUCCUCCCAUGUCUACAGGGAAUGGAAAUAACUUAUAAUGUAAAUGUGGACAAUGUUGAAUGUUCUUACUUUGAUCAAGUGGAUAAACUUCAAGGUUUUGGAUCCCGCAAUGGUGAAAGUAUAGCUCAACUGGUUUGGGCAUUCUUUAACUAUUGGGCAUAUUGUCAUGAUUAUGCAAAUGACGUCAUUUCUAUUCGUACUGGGAGCAUAGUAAGCAAACGGGAAAAAGACUGGACUAGGAGGGUCGGGAACGACCGUCAUUUAAUAUGCAUAGAAGAUCCAUUUGAAGUAUCUCAUGAUUUGGGUCGAGUGGUGGACAGACGAAGCAUUCGCGUUUUGAGAGAGGAAUUUGAGCGUGCAGCAGAUAUUAUGCAGCAUGAUCCUAAUCCCUGCGUAAAGCUUUUUGAGCAGUAUGUUGCCAUAUGACUUUUUGCUCCUAGCUAUUACAAUGGUGUUUGUUGCUAGGUGAAAAGAACAGGAUACUUACAAUCGAACCAUCUCUUACGGGCAAUGAUAGUGCAUGAUCAAGUUGAACCUGGAAAGGGAUGAAAGAUGAGCUAGCAAUCUUCAAGAAAUACAUAAAUUGUUUGUCUUUUGGGCGAUCAUUGAUGGUUGAUAAUGUUGUAAGCCACCUGGCGGCACGGUCUUUUUGUGGGCGUACGAGAUUAAACAUAUGUUGCCAACGUUUUGUAGCGUUGGAACCCGUUCUGGUGAAUACUUCUUCUGGCAUAGAUACCUCCAACACCAUCUCUAACUCAUUUUCGUUAUCAUUAUUAUUUUUGGUCGAACACAACUUUUUCAUGGAUUGAAUCAUAUCUGGAAACCAAUGUAAUUCAACUUGUUCAAGUCUUCGCUUGCAAUUGUGACAAAACCAAUUCUUUGUAAAGAGACCUGUGGGUGGAACAAUUCAGCUGAUGGGUCUUAGCCAAGAGAGGGCCGUGGAAGGGGUUCGAGAUAGUGAGGUAAAUGAACCAAUCAGGUGGACGUUCUCUUGUGAAAAUUGAAAGCGUUGCCUUCUUUCCUUCAAAUUCUGAUGAACAUUUUUGGUGUUUUGGAUUGAGGUUUGAGAAUUUUCUCAUGAUUCAAUGCAUAUUCUACAAAAUAAUUGGGUAUUUA